UACAUGACGUUUGUUUUCAUUUGAUUUUGCAUUUGACAUCGUGCAAAAGCCGAAGAAAAUUUUUUUGUGUCCAGUUUAAAAUUAAAAAGUUUUGUGGUAUUUUACUGACAUAAAUUUCUGACAAAAUGCAGGCUGUUUCUGACUUAGUGAAAACAACAAUUCCAAAUUACAUGUCCAACUUGCCAAUACCAGAUAGUUUCACGGGCUGGUUUAAAUUAUCAUUUAAGGAUUAUUUGGCGCUUAUUCCCCCCACUGCCGUAGUUGCGGGUUUCGGCUACGUUACAUAUUUGGCUUUUUGUCCGGCAGCGCGAAAGGGCUGUAGUGGAACUGGUCGCUGCAAUCAAUCAAUACGUAAAUCUGAAGCUAAGGUUGUGGAUAUGAUCGAUAUUGAAAAUAUUGCCGAAAAGGCUGCUUUCUGCCGCUGUUGGAAAACCAAAAACUGGCCCUAUUGUGAUGGCAGCCAUGGUGAACAUAAUAAACAAACUGGCGACAACGUUGGACCUGUUGUUCUACAAAGAAAGAAGUAAAAUCAUAUUCCGUUUGCUGUUAUCGAUGAUAACUGCAAUCCCAUUAUUGGUUCUGUUGUGCCAAUGAAAGCAAUAGAAAAAUUUAAGGAAAAUGAGAGUAAUACAUAUAUAAUGGAAUUAGAUAUUAA